CUAGUGAGUAUAAUUUUGCAGGUGGUUGGAUUGUUUGGAAGACAAUGUAGUUGCCUUGGCCAAAGUUGAAUAUAUUCCUAAACUCCUUGGUCUGCUGGGCAGUGGUCAAGAAACCAAAAAAGGGCAGGUGGCAAGCAAGCUUGAGAAGCUGGUUCUCUGUGCUUAUGGGCUAUUGGACAUUUACAACCAGAACCAGCUCUUUCAUCGGUUUCUGACCAGUCAUCAGUGGCAUAAAGAUGACCAGUUUGAUCAGACUUUAACAUCCGCCUUCAACAGGCUAACUACAGCAGGAAAGCCAGGGAGACAGGUACAGUGUGAGGUGCUGGCUCUUGCCUUGCAGUCUCCGCAUGAUGUAAUGGAAAAGAUCAUCCAGUAUGCAGUGGUCAAUAAUGGACAGACUCAGUUAAUUACACAGCUUUUGAAGUCAGUUCCAGUCCUUUGCCAGUACAAUCCAGCCGACCAGUCAAAUCUCCCUUUACUGGAAAACGUCUUAUUAACAUGGCUGAAUAAACCAAACAUGACAGAGACCCACAGACGGAACUUGAUGGCACUUUUGGUGGCAGCAAUGCAGGAGGCCCCAUUUUUGAUAUCUCCCAAGUGUUGUUUGGAGCAGUUGGUGGUACCACAGCUGUCCUCGGUGGAAAUUGAUCCAACUUUUGCAUUGCAGGUUUUUCACAAAGUAUUACAGUGCUCUCCGUCUUCCAUAUUGGACUCUGGUUGCUGUGACCCCCUUGCCAUAGUAGUCUGCUUGUGUGGUAUGAUAGAACAGUGCUCCUGUUCCCUGUGGGACCCUGCUGACACAGGGAACAGGACAGUGUUGAAGCAGUGCUGUCUUGAUAUACUACAAGACAUGGCCAAUGUGCUGCAAAAUCACAAGUUUGUAGAGUUAGAUGUGGAAUGGUUAUGUGAGCAGCUGUGUAAUAUUGGAUGGCAGGCAAGACUGCAGGCUGAACCUGUGCUGAGAGCUAUUACUGCAGACACAUUACCCAAGAUGAAAUAUCAGUUAAAGGUCUAUCCCAAAGUCAUCUCCAGUAUCUGCCAUCUUCCUGCUGAUGAAUGGUCUGCAGUCGAUGUGACGACAGAUGAGGAGGUGGAAGUUUCACUUCUCAAGCUUUGUGCUAACAGCAACACUUUGACAUCAGCAGUAUUAGAAGGAAUGGAUUGUAAUACAGUAAUGUCCUACCAGUGUCUUCUGUCAGCAGCCAUACAGGUGUUACCAAAUUGUUUGAUGAGUGAGUGGUCAAACAUUGUAUGUCUAGUUGGUCAUCUCGUGAGGGCUGACCAGGUCCACGUCCAGUUUCAGACACAUUACAUGACACAUCUGCCACUUGUGGACCUCACAGGUCUUAAGUAUGAACUGAGCUUGUUACAGUUUACCUCAGAUGUGAUGUGCCUAUGGCAGACAUUGUAUGGGUUUAUGUUGCAAGAAAAAAAUGGUGAAGGAUUUUGGUUUCAUCUUAACCAAUGUUGUGCCAACACGCUCAAAAGUGUCUUCAGCAGUCUCUCUCACCCAGCUACCAGCCAGGCCUUCCUGUUGAGUCAAGCAGUAUGCCACGUCUGCCAUCUUCUGUCUAUUCUCCCUGCUCUAGGCACAGAAUCCAUGUUUGUCCUUGUUCUAGACUGGCUGUCAGAGCUACAGGCAGAUAGUGUACUUAAGUAUACAUUAUUGUACAGAGAAACGAUUGAGGAAAGUAUUAGACUCAUUCAAAAUGAGCAGUGGUCUCAAACUUUGCUGAAAAAGUUGUUAUAAUGGUGUCAUUUCAUCAAGGAGACCCAGGAAGAAUAUUUUUGCCAAAUCAUAUUUAAGACUUCCCUGAAGGCAACACAAAAAUGUAUCCAUUGGUGUUUGCGAAAUACAUUCACAUUAUACAGGGACCUCAGUUCUGAAAUCACAGACUCGCAUGUAAUGUUGCUCUGACCUUUAAGACAGCAAAAAGUGAGGUAGAUUUGAGAGUUGGGUAUGACAUCAUGGAACUUCUAUCUCUUUUCAAAUAAAAUAUAAUGAAAAAAAUGUUUUGUUUAUGGAUUCUUUAGGAUUUAGAAUUGUACAUACAUGACAGGCUAAUCAUUGUCCUUCACAAACAAAUUUAAAACUUGAAGUUGUUCAUUUUAAGACGAGCAAUAAUAAAUUCUGACUGAAAUUUUGCCCCAGUUCAGUUACUGACAUAUCUGCAGUUGUCUAGUCGGAGACAGUAACUAUGGAUCAAUCACAUAAUCCAAAGCCAUGUCUUUCUUGCUAUAAAACAGUCAAAAUAUUGCACCUUAAAUGGACUAGGUUUGAUUUAUCUCGAGUAAAAACUUCGUUCUGGAGUUCUUUU